AUGGAAGGUUUCACGGAAGAAGAAAUGAUUACAUUAAAUGAAGCAGAUGUUCUUUCACUUAGUAAUGAAGAAAUUAAACAACAAAUUAAACAAAUGGAAAGGCAAGAAGGAGUUAUUAGACAUGAACAUGAAAGAAUUCGACAAGAGCUUGCAGUUAUUAAUAAACAAAAUAAAGAAAGUAAAGAAAAGAUAGAGAUGUUUGCAAAAUUACCAUUUUUAAUAUCAAAUGUAGUUGAGAUAUUAGACUUGCCACCAGAAGAAAGUGAUGAUGGGUCAGGAUUAGAUAAUAAAGGAAAUGUAGGAACAAAAGGAGUUGUUAUUAAUACUUCGAUGAGAUCUAAUGUAUUUCUUCCAGUGUCAGGACUUGUUAAUGUCAAAGACCUUAAACCAGGAGAUCUUGUUGGAGUUAAUAAAGACACAUAUUUAAUAUUAGAAAAAUUACCACAACAAUAUGAUGGAAGAGUUAAGUCGAUGGAAGUCAUUGAAAGACCAACAGAAACAUAUAACGAUGUAGGAGGAUUAGAUAAAGAAAUGAAAGAAAUGAUUGAGGCUAUUGUUUUACCUAUGACACAAAAAGAGAAAUUUGAAAAGCUUGGGAUUCAAACACCAAAAGGAGUUCUUUUAUAUGGACCACCAGGAACAGGAAAAACAUUAAUGGCAAGAGCAUGUGCAGCACAAACAAAAAGUACGUUUUUAAAAUUAGCAGCUCCACAACUUGUUUCAUCAAGUAUUGGAGAUGGGUCAAGAAUCAUUAGAGAGAUGUUUGAGCUUGCUAAAUCAAAAGCACCAGCAAUUAUUUUUAUUGAUGAAAUAGAUGCAAUUGGUACAAAAAGAACGGAAAGUGAACAUAGUGGAGAUAGAGAAAUUCAAAGAACAAUGUUAGAAUUAUUAAACCAAUUAGAUGGGUUUAGUAAAACGGAUGAUGUCAGAGUUAUUGCGGCAACAAAUCGAAUUGAUGUUUUAGAUCCAGCACUCUUACGUUCAGGAAGAUUUGAUAGAAAGAUAGAGUUUCCAACACCAAAUGAAGAGGCAAGAGUUCAUAUUUUACAAAUCCAUAGUAAAAAAUUAAAGUGUAGUGAUGACAUUAAUUUUGAAGAACUUGCACGUUCUACACAAGAUUUUAAUGGAGCACAAUUAAAGGCAGUUUGUGUUGAAGCUGGAAUGAUUGCAUUAAGGAGAGAAGCAAUAGAAAUUCGACAUGAAGAUUUCCAACAAGGAAUAUUAGAAGUUCAAAGCAAGAAAAAGAAGAGUUUAACAUAUUUUGCUUAA